AAUAAUAUUAGUAGGAUGUAGCAAGAGGUCCACCUCUUUAAUAUAUCACCCCAUGUCAAAUGGAACCAGCUGAUAAGGAGUUUUCCUGGGAGACUCCCGAGGAUGCAAGUGAGGUAGAGUUCAGUUACAAUGACAUCUUCACACUCUACCCAAGAGCUAGGCUGGAAAGAAGCUGCACUCCCAAGUUUGACAAAAGUGACCGCAACAGAGAAUUAACUUUUACUACCCCUCUUAAAACUCAGAGAAGUAGCUGUUUGAAGUCACCCUUUUCUUUGUCUUCUCUCGGUGAGAGUCCCUGGUCCUCCCCCCAAUCCAGCACGCCUAUCUCUGGAGACAUUAGCAGGGAUGUUAGUAUCGCUAAGUCAUUUGAAACUCCCUCCUUUCAUUCACCUAUUAUUUUAUCUGGUGACAGCAGGUAUCACGGAGGUGACAGUAUAAGAGCAGAAAAGAUGACCUCAGACACUGUAUUAACAUGGGAAACAAACAUGGAAACCCCUUCCCAGCACUUGAGUAUAUCAACUGAUAAAGUCCCGUCUGUUGGGGGAGGGUUUUCUACUCCUCCUCGUCCUUUAAAGAGUUCGCAGAAGGCUACGAAGAAGUUAUUUGUUAGUCCUGAUACACGAUCAGAUGCAAAACUUUCAAUUUCGUCAGAGCAAAACUACCAUUUGACCGAAAAUUUGUCUCCAAAAGGAACUAAUGGGCCUGAAACGCCUGAAUCUGCUGUAAAUCUUGAAGUAUCUGAAAAUGAACUUGAUUCAAAGGACUUUUCACUUUUCUCUAACCAAGAUGAUUCACUUAAAGAACCUGAUAGUUUAACUUCCGGAAAUAAUUCAGAAAAAAUCUCUUCUCUUCUUAAUCAGAUGCGGGUACCAUAUGAUGCAUCUGAAGAUGAACAACCUGUCACUGACCUUUCAGAGAUGGCAGAAAAGAAAGAUUCCUCAGACACGAAGAUUUCCUCUCUAGAGAAUAAUGUGACGAAUGAGAUUUCAGAUGCUGUUCAAGGGGAGGUAUUAAUUGAAAAGUUAAAACCUGACAACGACUCUCAGCCUAGUUUUAUUCGUCCUGUUUCUUUGGACAAUGCCGAACCUUUGUCUUUUACAUGUAACAUUAACUCUCUGGACAAAUCGCCAGUUCCAAAGGAGAAAAGAAACUUCCAGUACCCUACCGCUACUCAGAACGAUACUCAGUUUCAGCUUGAUAAUCAGAGGGACUCAGAUAGUUUGGGGUUCAGUCAGUGGCCCAACGAAGUUUAUGAGCAUGCCAACAAAGUUCUAUCAAAAAUUGAUGAGGGUGAAGUUGUUUCUAAGAAACAAAAUGAUGACAAUAAUCUUGCUCCUGCAAAAUUGAAUUCUAAGGACAACCUUUCAGAUGGUAACCAAGAUUCGUUGGCAUUUAGUCAGUGGCCAAACGACGUUUACGAUCACUUGGAUAAAGCUAUUUCUGUCUUAGAUAACAAGGAGAAUUUCCGUAUUUCACACUCGAUUAAACAGGAAAUUCCGCACGAAAAAGUUGAUGAAAAGACAAAAGGGAAAGAAAAACAAAUGCCUCUAUCGAUGGCAAACGAAUCUAACGAAGAUGAGCAUGUAACACACAAAGCGACUCCCCAAAAUCAAUUCAAAGGCUUUACCUCUGCGUCCAAUAACGCUGCAGCCUUGUUUGUCAAGGAGGACUUUUCUGAUUUAAAAAAAUCCAAAAAUAACCAAGGUGAAUCUUCAAAGAAAAGUGUAAACUUUUUUGGCGAAGAUUUCUCUGAUUUAGAUACGUCAAAAGUAUCAACUUUCACCAAGGCUUCUAUUCCUGUCAAUAAACCAGAUCCCAAAACUAAAGAUCCCAUUAGUUUUUUCGGAGAAGACCUUUCUGAUCUUGAUCAGACUAAUCUCAAUAAAUGUGGAUUCAAGACGGCCUCAAAGGUUAUUACUACCGUUACUACUAAUAAGCCAAAACCGUCCACAUCUGGUACAAAAGUACCAACUUUCACCAAGGCCUCUUUAGUCAAUGAACCUGCUCCUAAAGCUAAAGAUCCCAUUAGUUUCUUUGGAGAGGACCUUUCUGAUCUUGAUCAGACUAAUCUCGGUAAUUGUGGAUUCCAGACGGCCUCAAAGGUUAUUACUACCGUUACUACUAAUAAGCCAAAACCGUCCACUUCUAGUCCAAAAGUACCAACUUUAACCAAGGCCUCUUCAGUCAAUGAACCAGCACUCAAAGCUAAAGAUCCCAUUAGUUUCUUUGGAGAGGACUUUUCUGAUCUUGAUCAGACUAAUCUCAAUGAUGGUGGUUUCAAGCCUGCCUCAAAGGUUAUAACCACCGUUACUACCUGAUAAGCAAGAACCAUCCAAUAAUAGUCAUCCCAGUUUUAAGUUUGCAGGAUUUUCAACUGCAUCAGGGAGAGACGUUGAAUUUUCAGCCAAAUCUUUAGAUUUUGUUAGAUUGUCCCAAGUUUCAGCAGUUAAGAAAACUGGCGGAAAGCAGGUAUCUUUUACCGGCAUUCCAGACGCUAUAGAUGAAACUGGAUCAAAACCAUUGAACUUAGAAGUACCGGAUAAGGAAUCUUCCGCAACUGAAUCUUCAGCUGAGAAUUCAUCUUCUGGAUCAAAACCAUCACACUCUCCCCAUAUAAUUCCCUUAAAGCCGGCAACUAUGACUGGUUUCUCGACAGCAAGCGGGGCGCCAGUCAGGGUCUCAGAAAACUCGUUAAAUCAUAUCAGGUCAUCUCAAGUACCGAAUAAAAAAGCUCUCACUGGUUUUUCAACUGCAAGCGGAGUCCCUGUCAAUAUUGCAGAAGAUUCAUUAUCUGCUGUCAGAUGCUCACAGGCACCAGCAAAAGUCACCCUAAGCUCAGGGUUCUCAACAGCAGGUGGUGCUCCGGCUAAGAUCCAAGAAGAUGAUUUAGAUCACAUAAGAUCCUCACAAGUGCCAAAACCUUCUGGGGUGGCAACUGGGUUUUCCACUGCGAGCGGUAAAGGUGUUUCAGUGUGCCAAAAAUCUUUCGAUCUGAUUAGAUCCUCUCAAGCUACUCCUGCCAGUGUUGAUCAUAACAAACCUCGACUACCCUCCUCGGCUUCACAUUCCUCUAAACCACGUCUCAAAAUAAGGAGCUCUGAAAGUAUCACACCUAAACCUAUCACUCCGAUAUUCAAAACUGGGUCUAAACCAAGUUUGUCUCUAGCACAAAAUCCCAAGCGUGCCAGAGAGACGGAUCAGACUAAAAGGGAGGAUACCCCAUCAGAUAAAGUAAGGAGGAGACAACUCAGUGCAUCAGAAGAGAGUGUUAUUAGUCGGGUUAGAAGAGAGAGUACUGAUGAUCCUUCUACUCCGAUAC